UUUUCAUAAAUCUCUAUAUCAUCUGCCAAGCAUUAGACUAGAUCAACGUACGAACAAUUCAGACUAUCACAAAAGUAAAAAUCUGUUUUAUUCAGAGCAUCGCGUUAGCUCCAUAGUGACGUACCAGGAAGCGGCCAAAGGCUGUAUGUUCCGACUGGAGAUCAGAUCAGGCUACGUGUUAUAUGGUUGAAAAUGGCUGAUAGGAAACCCAAUAACAUCCCCAGCAGCAGCGCAAAUUUGCUGUUUUCAACAGCCCCGGAGUUUAACUUCAGCCUGCCCUUCAUACCUGUCAGUCAGGCCACUGGCCCCGCGGUUUUAUCCGGAGAGGAUGUCAGUGAGGUUGGAGAAGAAGACAGUUUCCUCGGUCAGAUGUCAUCGGUUGCUCCUCCGACAUCCACGUUCAAUUAUUUCUCAAGCAACACCAGCAACAGUGACCCGUUUGCCUCCAUAGGCCAACAGCCAUGCCCUCCUCCAGCACCCACUGCCAUUCCAUCAACAACAGGACCAUCGCCUGUGCCCGUUUCUGCCAGUCUGCCUCUAAACCCACCGAUUUCCCAAAUAAACCCCACCCAGCAGUAUGGCGGUGUCAUAAAUCAAACUUCUGUGGGUACAUACACUCCACCACAUAAUUCACCAACUCCUCCACCUCCUCAGAGCUCCCAGCAAUCAUAUAAUCCAUACCGUCACACAGCUGCCACUAGCAAAGUAAGCCCCUACAUAAUGGCUCCCGAAAUACAACAGCAGCCCCCCAGUCAAACACCCCAGCAUCUAAACCCCUACUCCCAGUCAGUCCCUGCCCCCUUAUUCCAGACUCCACCAACAGCAUUCUCAAAGCCUCCCCCUACGCAGCUUCCACCUCCACCUGCAGCAACCAACAUGACUGGGCCUUUGGUCCCUGCCAACCCUAUGGUGCCAUAUACAUAUAAUGUUUAUGAACCCGUUCAGCCUCACUGGUUCUUCUGCAAACAAGUGGAGUCAAAAAUGAUCUGGCUUCCCUUUAGUAUUCUGGAUUCCAUUCAUCUGGAAGAGACCUUCAACUCAGUUCAGCCAGAUCCAGAGAAUGUGGUACUGUGUACAGAUGGAGGGCGAUAUGAUGUGCAACUGUACGAUCGAACUCGGACAUCUGUGUACUGGGAGGAAGAGCCCACAGAGGUCCGCCGGUGUACAUGGUUCUAUAAAGGAGACACAGACAGUCGUUUCAUCCCAUAUUCGGAAGAAUUCAGUGACAAGCUGGAGGCAGAAUAUAAGAAAGCUGUUACCACUAAUCAGUGGCACCGCAGACUGGAGUUCCCAUCUGGGGAAACCAUCGUAAUGCACAAUCCAAAGGUCAUUGUGCAGUUUCAGCCUUCGUCGGUGCCUGAUGAGUGGGGCACAACACAGGACGGUCAGACUCGACCUCGAGUGGUAAAGAGGGGUGUGGAUGAUGACCAUGAUGAAGUUCCUGAUGGCGAGAUGCCUCAGGUGGAUCAUCUGGUGUUUAUGGUGCAUGGCAUCGGACCUGUCUGUGACCUGAGGUUUAGGAGCAUAGUGGAGUGUGUGGAUGACUUCCGCAGCGUGUCCUUGAAAUUGUUGCAGAGUCAUUUUAAGAAGGCUCAAGAUGAUCACGUCAUUAGCCGUGUGGAGUUUCUGCCUGUGCACUGGCACACAGCCCUGCAUGGUGAUGCUACAGGAGUUGACAGGCGGAUAAAGAAGAUUACCCUGCCUAGCACAAGUCGCCUGCGGCACUUCACCAAUGAAACUCUUUUAGAUGUCCUCUUCUACAAUAGCCCUACCUACUGCCAGACCAUUAUGGACACAGUGGCUUUUGAGAUUAACCGUCUGUAUGUACUAUUCAUGCAGAGAAACCCAGACUUCAAAGGACGGGUGUCUGUGGCUGGACACAGUUUGGGCUCUUUAAUACUUUUUGAUCUGCUCUCCAAUCAGAAGAAUGGGUCAUCUUUAUCAGGUCCAGUAACCAAUGGGAAUGCCCAGCCUAAUGAUAAGCAGGUAAGUCCUGUCAUACAGGCCAGUGAAGUGACUCCUGUGGCGGCCGCUGAAGAAGAAUCUAAAGAGGAAGAAGAUGAGAUUGGUGAUCUGUCAUCAGUUCUCCAGAUGUUGGGCUUGUCUGAAUACCUAAGCACCUUUGAAACUGAAAAGAUUGACGUUGAGUCCCUACUCAUGUGCACAGUCGAUGAUCUGAAGGAAAUGGGGAUUCCUUUGGGACCACGUAAAAAACUUGCCAAAUUUGUCAAAGAGAAGUUAGCGAAACAGGCGGCACGGCAGGCGAUGGUGGAGAAGGCUGUGGAACUUAAAGAGACAUCAGCUCCUGUACAAACAGAAACCUCAGCAGAACCUACCAGCAGCAAACUGCCAGUGGGACGGACCAUGUCCUCAAUCCAUGUAGAUUACAACUAUUUUGAAAUAGGCACUGGCCAGGUGUCAGUGGUGUAUCAUGCUCUUGACUUUGAACCAGUGAAUUUCUUCGCUCUCGGCUCUCCCAUCGGAAUGUUUCUGACAGUACGUGGAGUUGAGAAAAUCGAGGAGUCCUACCAGUUUCCGACCUGCAAAGGCUUCUUCAACAUUUAUCAUCCGCUGGAUCCAGUUGCAUACAGAAUUGAGCCCAUGAUUUUACCAGACACCGAAUUGGCGCCAGUUCUGAUUCCUCAUCAUAAAGGGAGAAAGAGACUCCAUCUCGAAUUAAAGGAAAGUUUGUCCAGGAUGGGCUCUGAUCUGAAGCAUGGCGUCAUCAGCUCUCUGAGGUCCGCCUGGCAGACCCUGAAUGAAUUUGCUCGCGCUCACACAGCUUCCACACAGCUGCAUGAGCAGCUCGCCAUGGUUGCCAGUCAUAUUAAAGCAGAGGAGGAGAAGGAACAAGGGGAAGAAGCGCUUAAGAUAGUCGAGAGUCCUGAGCCUCAGAAGGAAGAAGAGCAACAAAUCAAAGUAGGCCUGCUGAAUAGCGGAAAUCGCAUUGACUACGUCCUGCAAGAGAAACCCAUUGAGAGUUUUAAUGAAUACCUGUUUGCACUCCAGAGUCACCUGUGUUACUGGGAAUCGGAGGACACAGUUCUGCUCAUUCUUAAGGAGAUUUAUAAGACUAUGAACGUUCGCCCAGAUCAGCCAGUGCAUUGACAGUGUGGAUCACUUAAAGUCAGAUAUCAAAAAUCAUAUUACUUUAAAAAUAAAUCUAUAUUUUAAAACA